AUGAUAGACGACCGGUUGAACUUCAACUGCCACGUCGACUACGCUUGCGAGAAGAAUUAUGCAGAAUUAUGCCGAAUUGUUACGGGCCGAGUAGUAGCAAGCGGAGACUGCUGGCUGGUGUGUAUCGUAACGUCGUGUAGUGUAACGUCGGAGGCAGUAUGUGUUAUCGCUGGAAUGAUCCUCAGUAGCAUAAUGCUCGUGGAAGAUAACGACUGCUACGAACGAAGAAACACCAAAGGAGCCCGGAAGCUGACGAGAGAAGAGACGCUGAGCAAAUGGCAAAUGGUAGAUGGACGUACCGACUCAUAG